UUAAACUACGACCACAUCUUUCAAGAAUUAAAAAAAAGAAGAAAUUACUAAAAAAAAAACGUAAUUUAUUAUUAAAAAAACGUAUUUGGCUUGAAAACUGUUAAGUGCUGUGUUCCAUCGCUGGCGCUAUCGAUUACGCGGCCGCCCACGAUUGCGCGUAACAGCACGCUGUCGAAGCACGAGAGCCAUCCCAAGAGCCCGGAGUUGCCAUACCGCGCCGCUAACAUAGUAAAAUAUACGAAUAAAAUACACACUUGGAAAAGAGAGAAAAAUUAGGGCCACUGGGAAGGCUGAAAGUCGCACACUUGGCAAGCUAAUCGAAUCGACUGCAAUCGCGACCCCACUGUUCGCAAACGGAAAACACGCGACUCGGCACCUGAGCGACCCAAAGUCAGGACAAAUGGCGGAAAACGGAAUGCGUGUGCCAGGGUCAUCCGCCGUAGUGGUGGCGGCGGCGGCGGCUUCCUCGGCGCCCGGAGCUGUGGCGACGGGCAGCAGCGGCACCAGCAACGGGGAGCACGAGACCGAACACAAUGCCAAUGCGGAUGGCGAGAGGGGCCAGCCCGCGCCGGCGAUCCAAAAGUACAUGCAGGAGCUCAUGACGGAGAGGUCGCGCAUGGAGAAUCACUUCCCCCUGGCGGUGAAGCUGAUUGACGAAGCCCUAGAGCGGGUGCAGCUGAACGGACGCAUCCCCACGAGAGACCAGUACGCCGAUGUGUACCAGCAGCGUACCAUCAAGCUGUCGCAGAAGGUUCACGUGCCCAUCAAGGACAAGAAGUUCAACUAUGUGGGCAAGCUGCUUGGCCCCAAGGGCAACUCGCUGCGUCGCCUCCAGGAGGAGACGCAGUGCAAGAUUGUCAUACUCGGUCGCUUCUCGAUGAAGGACCGCGCCCGCGAGGAGGAGCUGCGCAACUCUGCAGACGCCAAAUACGCCCACCUGAAUCUUCCGCUGCACGUUGAGGUGUCCACCAUUGCCCCGCCAGCCGAGGCGUACGCCCGUGUGGCCUACGCCCUGGCCGAGAUCCGGCGCUACCUCACACCGGACAAGCACGACGAUAUCCGCCAGGAGCAGUACAGGGAGCUCAUGGAGGACCCGGAGGCGGCCAAGAAGCUGACGCUUCGCCAGCUGCAGCAGCAGUCGAAUGCAGCUGCCAACGCUGGCGGCGGCGGCGGCGUCGGAGGAGGUGGUGGCGGUGGCAAUGCUGGUGGUGGGAACGGAGGAAAUGGAGGAGCGGCUGGACCCGGCGGCAACAAUGGCAAUGCCAACCAGCGCUCCGGCGGCAACUACAGACAAAAGUUUCAGCAACAAUCGCACUAUCGCCACAACGAGGAGACUGUCUACUUUCGCUCACACAACAACGCCUACCACCAGCCAAAACCCUAUGUGCCAGCCGCCCAACGGGGCAAUGCCAUGCACACCACCUUGCCACCACAGGCCAUUGUGCGAGCCUCGCCACCUGGAAUGGUUGUCAGUGCGGCCAGUUUCAAUGGACGGAAUGCCGGGAUGGGCAAUGCCGGCGGCGGGAUUAUGGCCAACAGCAUCGUGGCCACCACUGGUGGUGGCAUCGGCGGCGCUGUGCCGCCCAACAUGCGCUACCGUCCCGCUGCCCCCUAUCAGUUUGUCAAGAAAUAAUACAGAUGGGAGGAUGUACCGCCCGCUGCCGUUCGCUGUUUGUUCAACUAUUCCUCACCACCAUUAAUGUCGCAUCCGGAAGGAUUCACGCUCAUCCGUCACACCCAUCCCACAUGCACACAGC